AUGACCUUCAAGGAGAAGGUACUGGGUGCCCCGGCUAAGUGGCCGGCUGUUCGAGAUCUUAUUAAGGAGGGGGCUAUGACGUUGGAAUUUGAGGGUGGAGAUCGGCUGCCUGCCUUGUGGAAGGUUCAAGGAGGUCUCGAGUUGCUGGACGUGUCAAAUGGUUACUUCAUGGUGAAGUUUGAUUUGGAGGCGGAUAGAGAACAGGUCAUGCACGGGGGCCCUUGGAUGCUCUUUGAUCACUACCUGAUUGUUAAGCCAUGGUCCCCGGAGUUCGUAGCUUCAGCAACGAAGGUUGACAGUACUCUCGUCUGGAUCAGGUUUCCAGGUCUUGGAGUUAUGUUCUAUGAUGAGAGUGUUCUCCUAACAAUUGCAUCAGCCAUAGGGAAACCGGUCAAGGUGGACCUUAAUACUCUGAACAUGACACGGGGCAGGUUUGCACGGGUCUGUGUAGAGAUAAAUCUAAAUGAACCAGUCGUAGGAAGAUUUUUCCUCAAUGGUGUUUGGUAUAACGUGAAGUAUGAGGGUUUACAUUUGUUGUGCUCUUCGUGCUGCUGUUAUGGGCAUGUUCUGCGGAACUGUCCACAUGCAGCUAGGCCUGAGUCAACGGCAAACGGCGUGGGUGAGAAGGAGGCUGUGGAGCAGCCGUCAGGGGACCUACCGCAUAGUGCAGAUUCUGUUGCUCAAACAGGAGAGCAAUCAACUCCGCAUAUUAGGGGGGAAAUCACGCCAGAUCCGCAUAGGGAAUGGUUGAUCGUGAAACGAAGAAAUCGGAAACAAAAUCUCGGGAAACCGUUGAGCAAGGGUCGAUCUUCCUCUCAUAAUGGGACUGCGGAAAUUAAGGAGAAGAAUCAUGCCAUUUCGAGUUACCCUACGAGGGGAAUACACCUUGAGGCUGAAUCACGUGAGGUUUUUAAAAAUCCACGUGCGGUGAUAGUGAAUCCACGUGAACAGGACCAUGCAAUAGGAGCAAGCCGUAUUGAUGUGGGCCACGUGACGAAUAUGAAUCAAAAUAUAAUGGGACCCACUAAGGAUAAUAAGAAACGUAGCACAGUGGAGGAUCUUGGUGCCCACCCACAGUCCAUUCUAGCUGGCGGUAAUAUUUUAUCAGAUGUGAUUUCUCAUAAGGCCCGUAGUUCGCAAGUCAGUCCUCCUCUCAAAGACCCACGAGAUAUGCACGAGGGAAUGACGGGGGACUUGAAUAGGAGUUUGGCCUCCAGUGUGCUCCAAACAGGUUGCAAGACCAACGUACUUCAUGAGUCAGAGGACAGUGGAUAA